CUGUUAUAAAUACCCUUAUAGCUUCGCUUUGCUGAUAAACACGUGAGUAAAACUAAGCGAAACCCCUCUUAUCAAACCCAAAGUUAAGAGGAAAAUGAAAAAGAAAAGCAAAGGAACAAAAGUUCAAGGAAAGGUAAGACAGAUCAAGAAAACAGAUACCGACCAGGAGGCUGAAUCAAUCGCAGCUGUUGACGAAAACUCGGAAGAAGAUCAAACGAGGAAGGAAAGCACUCAGAUAAUUGGAGAAAAUGCCACCGAAACCGAGUUUAAGGACGAUGACGAUCGUCUUAUUGCUGUAAUAGACAAGAACCCAGUGAAACCUUCAAGCUGCGUGAAUGAUGAUCAAGAUGAUGAUGAAGAUGCCCCCGUGGAUGUAUCUUGGAAAGCUGCCAAGGAGAGUGCGCUUCGCGAACGAACAUUGGAGAGAGAGAUCGUUCUCGAUACUAAGCGAAAAGAAAAACAGAUGAGAAUUGAGAGAGAAGAAAAGCUACGCGAACAAAAGGAAAGGAAGCGAGCAAGAGAAUAUUCAAGAUUACCAAUGGAAAUUCUGCAGAAGGUUGCCCGGCAACAAGAGUCAGAGGAAACCCUUAAAUCACAAACAAUUGAGAGUAGAAGUCAUGUGACCUUUGACAAUUCAAGUGAAGAUGAGCAGGAUGAGAGAGAAGAACAAAAAGAGGAACAAGGAGCAGUACAGGAAGAAACAGCUGGAAUCAAAGUACUUGUCUUGCCAAGGGAGACAAAGAAACCAAAAAAAAUCCAGCAAUCUGCUAAUUUAUUUUUACAGGAACGUCUGUACGGUGACAGAGUUCAGCGCAUUUCAGCUUCCAGAAGCUCAGAUCUGAUGAAAAAAUCUCGCAACACCUUAGUUCCAGCACGGAAUUUUUCAAAGAAAUCUUGGUAGCACAGUAAAUACAUCACCAUGUAUGUUAUCGUGAAAAAUAUAUAUGUGAAAAUUCUGAGCAUUUUCAUUUUCCUUCACCAGGGCUCCUUAUCCUCAUAAUAAAAUUUUUUGUGGGUGUCUGAGUCAUAUGAACCAUUCAGAUUGGCUGAAAAAAAUAGUUUGUUAUAAACUGCAAGGUGGUUAAGGUAGGAAACUUGCUGUGGUGAAUUCAGAGAUGCUUCUGUUUUAAGCGUUAGCAACCCUGGUACAUCUUAGUAUUUUUUUUGCUGACGAAGCCCAAAAGUUUCUUCAUAGUCCAAUUUUGCUAAAUAUUUUGUAUUUGGUGAAAAUAGGGGAAAUGGAGAGAAGUUGUUAGGUACAUUAGACCUCACCCCCGCUUAGUAUAUAGAACCAUUAUUGAAUGUUUUCUCUGCCACUGUAUUUCUAUAAAGGAAUAUUUUUGGAUAAUCUAGCUCUAAGGGAAACGUACAAAGAUGAUUGUUUGAAAUACACAAGUACAUGAAUGAAAUGUGCCAAUUUUUAUUUGUGUAACCACUGCUAUAAAAAUUUUAUCCCUUAAAUUCAAGUUUCAUAGUAUGCACUGAAGAACUCAUCGCCAUCAGUAAUGUGGAAUAUAUAUUUGUUACAACAUGGCCAUCUCUGAAAUGAUAUAACAAUUUUUCCCAAAAGUGAUAUUGUGCAGUAUCAUGCAGUGCAGUUUGGCAUAUGAAGGGUCAAAUAGAUUUUUCAAUGACUGGCUUGCACCACAACAGAAAUUGAAUGAGGAUGAUGACAAUAACUAUACUUCAGAAGAGGGACAGAUUUUUUUAGGAGCAAGCCAACCUCUUCCAUGUUUAGAGCACAAGCAGUACCUUCCAGUCCCUUCUGAGCAAAAAAAUCAGCAGAAAAAAAAUAAUGAUUUUUACAUACCAUGUAGAACUCUUGAUGGAUUCAAGUCUCAUAAUUUACUUACGCAACAUUUUUGGUAGCCGUUAGCUACCAUAUUCUGAUGUUUGCCAAUAACCUUGGUUGCAGAUAUCAAUAAUAAUAUUAAUAAUAAUGUUUUUUCUUAUGGUCAAAUAUGCAGCAGUGACAUCAGCUGUGCAAGUUACAAAUACUGCAGAGCGGAGUAGAGUAUCUUGAAGAAACUAGAAAUUGGAUUCUACUUACUAAGACUCCUUGGCUGUAAUCAACAGACUUGAACUGGAAUUUGAACAAUAAAUUUUGCAGAAAUUUAGGUAGUCUAUGUAGGGAUUUUGUGGAAGAAUGGCCAAAAAAAAUAAAGAUCGAAAGAGCGGUCUAAUUGA